AGGGGAGCGGCUGUUGGGCAAGCGAGGCGAGCGCUCCGAACGCGCAUGUUCAGAGUCGGAAGCGGAGAGCUUUUUUUUUUUUUUUUUUUCCUUCCUACAUGAGAUCGACCGCGGAUUCGAGCGCGCGCCCCUGUUUCGAGUAAUCUUUUGAGCACUUGAAGCAUGGAGCAAUACCCAGAUUUACAAGAGGACCUGAGUCUGGAAGAUACUAGUGAGUCUCUCAAUCAGCUCAAAUUGGCCUCUCUAGAUGACAAAAAUUGGCCAUCAGAUGAAGAGCCUGUUUUCCCAAAAUCAGAUGAUACCAAGAGCUCCCCGGAUUCUGCCACACAUCUGCGGUGGGAUGAUCCCUACUAUGAUAUUGCUAGGCACCAGAUUGUGGAAGUAGCAGGUGAUGAUAAGUAUGGGCGGAAAGUAAUUUUGUUCAGUGCCUGUCGGAUGCCUCCUAGCUAUCAGCUUGAUCAUGUGAAGCUGUUAAGCUAUUUGAAAUAUACACUGGACCAGUAUGUGGAGAGUGACUACACCUUAAUAUAUCUGCAUCAUGGUCUGACCAGUGAAAACAAACCAUCUCUAGGUUGGCUGCGGGAUGCCUACCGGGAAUUUGAUCGCAAAUACAAAAAGAACAUCAAAGCAUUGUUCAUUGUGCAUCCAACUAUGUUUAUCAAGACACUGCUGAUUCUCUUUAAGCCCUUGAUCAGCUUUAAGUUUGGACGGAAGAUCUUCUAUGCGAACUAUCUGAGUGACCUUGAGGAGCAUGUGAAGUUGGAACAGUUGGGAAUCCCAAGCCAGGUGCUAAAGUAUGACGAGUAUUUGAGAUCACUACAAAAACCUGUCCAGGUGCCUCAGAAAACAACACCACCCCGUCCACCUCUGCCAAAUCAGCAGUUUGGUGUUUCUCUCCAACAGCUGAGGGAGAAGAGCUUAGACCGGAAUCCUAUCCCAUUGGUGGUCAGAGAAACCACUGCUUAUCUACAAGAGCAUGCUCUUACCACACAGGGGAUUUUCCGGCGAUCUGCAAAUACACAAACAGUAAGAGAGGUUCAACAGAAAUACAACAUGGGAUUGCCUGUGGAUUUUGCAACAUAUGAGGAUGUGCAUCUUCCUGCUGUAAUUCUCAAGACCUUCUUGAGGGAUCUGCCUGAGCCUUUGCUCACCUUUGGUCUCUACAGUGAUGUUGUCUACUUCUACAAUAUGGAAGAAGAAAAGAGUAUAGAUAUUGUUCGCAAAACACUUCAGACUCUCCCAGAAGAAAACUAUCAAGUUCUGUGUUUAUUAAUGAACUUUCUCGGGCAGGUCUCUGCCAACAGUGAUAUCAACAAGAUGACAAAUGCCAAUCUGGCAGUAGUUUUUGGCCCAAACCUGUUGUGGGCUAAAGAUGCAGCUAUAACCCUCAAAGCCAUCAAUCCUAUCAACACCUUUACCAAGUUCCUCUUGGACAACCAGAUGCAGCUUUUCCAGAACACAGAGGCUUGAGCCAUAAGCUCUUUGUGCUAGCACACUCUGGGUCCACUGUGAUCAUUCCUUUCUCCUCCUCCUCCCCAUCCUCCUCCUCCUUCUCCUCCUCCUUUUCUUUUCUAUUUGCUUUGGAGAUGUGGCUAUUCUGAGAACGUUCCAGGUGGUGUGUAGUGUGAAAGGUGGAUACAGUUCCUUGUUUGUAUAUAUGGAGGGCUUUGCAAGAGGGGGCUUAUCAGACGAGGAGGGAAAGCAGAUCUUAAAAAUCAAGUUCUACCUUGGCUAUUCUGCCUUGAGUAUUGGUAUUAGGAUUUAGGUUGUUCUUAAAUGUUUUAUCUCCUUUCCUUUCCCAAAGAUGUCCUAUCAGAUAAGUCUCCUUAGCUGUCAGUGGAACUGCUUUCUCUUAGUACCAGGCCCCGGGGGAGUGGAUUAGGGUAGAAAUUACUUCAAUUGGUUCUCUGGUCCAAAUUGAUUCUUCACAGGUGCCCAAGUCAGGCAAUCCUCUUUAAUACUCAUAGUGACUUGCUGAAUACACUUUAUACCUUUGAUGGACACGUGGACUUAGUCAAAACUGAAUCAUAAUACAACUGGCUUAAGUGCCUAGAAAUUUAUCUAUAGAUUUCAUGCAGCUCUGAAACUUGAUCUGUUAUCAGGUGUUCCUGUUAUGUAAAGAUAUGUGCUCUUGGAUACAAGAGAGCUCACUUUUCUGCCUUUACGAUAUCCUCCUGUAGACUUUGCCAGCAAUUUAUUUCAAAUUGGCCUUGGCAGCAAGCCUUUCCCUUUUAAUUGGCAGAUAAUGAAUGCAAGCAUGUGUAUGUGUAUUGAUAUGCAUUCAACCAGGCCAGCUCCUCUCUGCCAAUGUCCAGAUCAAAUGUUGGCCAUACCUGUGACUGAAACAGGGGAAAUGUGCUAUUAGGUGGUUCAGGAUGCAGCACUUUAGCCAUUGGAAUUAGAUUUGUUUCCAAGCAAAAGCUUCGUAACAAGGCCAAACCUUAUCCUAUCUGCUGGGAUCUACUGUGCCAAAACUAUUAACAAAUGAAUUUGUUUCUACCAUCUUUUCCUUAUGGGACUCAAAUGUAGCUUUUUGACUUAGUCAAAAUGACACUGAUGCACCUUUGGUUUACUUGGCACUUGAGAGAUUUGAUGCAUUGCUUUCUCUUUUUCUAGGAACUGAGACAGCCCUGCAGUAGGUUUAUCUGGCUUUUUUGAGUGUCUCUUUUUGACUGUCUCGUGAAAUUAGUUUCGUAAGAGCUAGUCUUAAUUUAUAUAACAAUAGCGGUGUCCUACAAUAUCUUUUAGCAGUCAUAAAGUUUUAAAAUAAAAUAUUAACAUUUCCAUUAUGUCCUGCUGACACCUCUGCUGGCAGCUGGAGAUGGCCACAUAGCUGUAAGUUGACCCUACAAGGUAGAGGGCCAAAUCAUACAAUUAUAAAGAGUAGCAAUGUUUUUUACCCCAUAGUUCAGUGAAAUUACGUAAUGAAAUUAUUUGUUAUGCUUAUAAUUAACAAAUGAUCAAUGAGAACUAAAAAGUGCACCUGGGUUAUUGGUGCCAGUAGUUGAACCAUGGCUGGUAUAAGAGCUCUAGUAGUAAUUGAAAAAAAUCCCAAACUGUUAGUGAUAAUCCGGAAUGGCAGAUUAAGGUAGCUGAAGCUAUUAAGAUGGGCUGAUGUGCUAAGAUUGCUCAUUCUCCUUUAUUAAGGCAUAUACGAUUAAUCUGAUACGUUGUACAUAGUGGUUAGUCUAAAGAAACAUGGGACCCUUUCAGCUAGAAAUGGAAAGUUAAGAUUAUCAAAAGGUUUUUUUUCUUAAUGUCUUUUAUAUAAUACUAUUUAGCAUGACUAAACGAGGAGUGGCCUUGCGUAGAAACCAUAUCAAUAUUAGCUUCAUUGUUUUAUAUUUCAAGCCAUGAAUAGCUUGUAGGCUAUUUUUUUAUAGCAUGCCAUUGUGAAUUGAGACUAGAUUUGGUCUGAUUCUAAGCUGUAGAAGUAUUGCUUUGUUUAUUAAAAAGGCCCAGAUGGAAAAGAAACUGAUUGUACAGAAAUUUAGAAUAGUAAAGUCCCAGUGCUGCAAGUUCAGUCCCUUUAUCCAAACUAUAAUUUCUAUACUGAAUUAGUUUCAGAAUUAUGUUAACAUCAAUUGGAGAGAAAAUAGUUUCUUGGGGGUUCAGUAUUGUCAUACCUGGGCAAUGACACAUUUAUCAACUACAUAUAUUUCAAACUCCUGAAUGUGACUUUGCGUUGCCAGGUUAUAAAAUAUAUCUUGUUAAGUGUAACAUUUUAUUAAAGCAAACUUGCAAAACUGUAGAAGUGAGCCAGUGUAAAUAACCUUUAAUUUUCUCACUUUGCUGAGAGCUACCAGAAAAUCUAAAGCAUGUGAUUGCUUUGUUUCUUUAUCUUUUAUCAUUUUGCCUUCUUGAAACCAUAGCUAGCCAUAGACCUUUGAUUAGGCUAGACUGUUUAAAAGAAUGAAAUACAUGGUCUGAACUAAUGCUGCACUCCCAAGUUUUGAUUUCCAAAAUGCCUGCUGCCUGAAUUGGGGUAUCCAAGCAGUUAGAGUAAUUAGAGGAGCAGCAUCCAUGUAGCUGUUUAUGUCUUCCCACCUCCUUUUCUAAUAGAACUUGAUAGCUUCUUGUGGCUAUGCUUCCUCUCCUCUUUUGUCCCUUCAGUGAUACAUCUACUUAUUCCUGUUCAUUGUUGCUUGGGUUUCAUGUUAGAUAUUGACCUCAGUAUCUGUUGAUGGAGCACUAUGUCUCCAUUUUAUUCCUCUUUUGCCUGUUAUUAAAUCCACCGAUUCUUGGCAUCCUUGGAAACCAUUCUGUGCCCACUUUGCUAACAGCUUCUCCUCUGCUUGUACUGACACAACAAUUUUGGGGUAAUACUGCUGAUGUUGAGUCCAAUCUGGAUGUCUUAUGUGUGCUGCCUCAGCCAAAUAUUAUAUGGCAAAAUGAGCCCUUAUUGCACACUCUCCAGUGAGGUUUUCAUGUGGUAAUUUUUGUUGCUGUUCCUUCUUUUGAUUGUUUAUUGGGAGCAAGGCUGGGGGUUGUUACUGUGAUUUUUAUUUACAUAUCCUUGUUUAUUUUCUUCCAAUGGUACCAAUCUUGUAUUCACAGUUUGCACUUUUUGUACUUCAAUAAACACUCAAAGCCAAUAACAAA